CUAGAGUUUGAAAUAAUUGUCUCCCGGUUGGAUUGGCCAAUAUAUUACCAGAUGCCCACUUGGUGGCAUUCGUCAGUACGCAUUCAUUCGCGGCGGGAAAACAAGCAAUCUGUUCGACAAUGUUGGUUUACUUGACGGUGCUGGCGCUGACCUUGGCGAUUCUGUGGGUGCGCAGGCGGUACUCGUACUGGAAGGAACGUGGAAUACCGUAUGUGGAACCAAGCUUCCCGGCCGGGAACCUUCGUGGCAUGGGAAGGACGGAGCAUCUGUCGGCUCAGAUGCAGCGCUGUUACAAGGAACUCAAAGGAAAGGGCCCAGUCGGAGGGAUGUUCUUCUUCAUUAACCCAGUUGCGCUGGCCAUGGACUUGGACCUGAUCAAAACUGUGCUGGUGAAAGAUUUUCAGUACUUCCACGAUCGAUCGGUUUACUAUAACGAAAAGGACGAUCCUUUGUCGGGUCAUCUGUUUUCGAUGGAAGGUGCAAAGUGGAAAAAUCUCAGAGCGAAAUUGACACCGACGUUUACUUCGGGAAAAAUGAAGAUGAUGCUACCAACCAUUGUUGGAGUAGCUGACGAAUUCCAAAAAUUGAUGGAAAGUGAGGUGAAGAAGAGUUCUGAAAUCGAGAUGAAGGAGAUUCUUGCACGAUUUACAACUGAUGUGAUAGGUACAUGUGCAUUCGGGCUGGAAUGUAACAGCUUGCAUGAUCCGGAUGCUCAAUUCAGGCGCAUGGGAAGAAAGAUAUUUUCUUUUGGUAGUGGACGUUUGCUGAAAGCAAUAGUCGCUCAGCAAUUCCGUUCCUUGGCACGAUCGCUUCACAUAUCUUUGAUCGAUAAGGAAGUUUCCGAUUUCUUCAUGGGUGCUGUAAAAGAUACGAUCAAAUAUCGUGAAGAAAACAAAAUUGAAAGAAAUGAUUUUAUGAGCCUUUUAAUGAAACUGAAGAACGCUGAAUCAUUGGGAGACGACAAAAACGUCCCUACGGAGGCACUGACUGUCGAGGAAGUUGCAGCACAGGCAUUUGUAUUCUUCUUGGCUGGGUUCGAAACAUCAUCGACUGCAAUGUCAUACUGUUUGUAUGAACUGGCUCAAAGAGCCGACCUUCAAAACAAAGCUCGAAAGUGUGUGCUGGAUGCAAUCAAAAAGCACGGUUCCUUAACGUACGAGGCAAUGCAAGAUAUGCAGUACAUCGAUCAGUGCAUCAACGAAUCUCUGCGAAAAUAUCCCCCGGCAUCCAAUCUAACCAGAACAGUAUCAAAAGAUUACAAACUCCCCAACAGCAACGUAGUCCUUCAGCAAGGUUCCACCCUGAUUGUACCGGUGUACGCGCUUCACCACGAUGCCGAAUACUAUCCCAACCCGGAAAAGUACGAUCCAGAUCGGUUCACACCGGAGGAGAUGGCCAAACGAAAUCCUUACUGUUUCCUGCCAUUCGGUGAGGGUCCUCGCAUUUGCAUCGGGCUGCGCUUCGGAAUGAUGCAAGCCCGAGUUGGAUUGGCGUACCUGUUGAGAGAUUUCAGUUUCACGUUGUCCAGCCAGACUCCGGUUCCGUUGAAAAUCUCCCCUCGCAGCCCAGUGCUCACAUCGGAAGGUGGACUUUGGCUCAAGGUAGAGAAGCUGUAGGGAAGCAAGUGCGGUGGGUUGCCGUGAGAUGUAAUUAGAUUCUUAAUUAUAGUGUAUUGUUAGUGUAGAGUUGGUCAUGUGAGUGUAUGAAACGACGCCAGUGGUUGAUAAUUAUAUUGAAUGAUUGUCUGUGGAAGAUCAUGAA